AUGAUGGCAUUUUUGCAAAACUUACAACAAAAAUUAAAGGACUUAUACCGAGAAUUUUCUGAAAACAUAGAAGAAAUUAAUAUCCAAUUGAAACCCGAAAUGUUUAAAAUUACUACCGUUGAACAAAUAAUUGAAGUUCCAAUAGAAACU